CUGUUAGUGUCCACAAAAUUCAGAUACUCGGAUUCCCUGAAACCAGACCCAGGAGUUCUGCAUCAGAAAGCAGCAAAAUCUGACCAGAACUGUCCUCAAAAUGGAUAAAGGAGUGAGCAGUGGAGGAGUUCCAGUGACGUCAACAUCGGGAAAGGACACGGGUCCGAGCUCAGUGAUCACCGUGCUCCUGGCAGGCUGGGAUGAUUUCCAGCUGCUGCAGCUGACGGAUUUCUACCGGGACAGGCUGGAGCAGGCGAUGGAAGGAGGGGUGCACGGAGUGAGCCUGGCGUUAACGGCCGAGAAUCAGUUCAGCGGAGAGGAACAUCGGAAAAUCUCUGAUCUCGCUGAUAAGGGAGAGCGGGCGGACAGUUCUAAACUCCUCCUGAGCCUGGUGAUGGAGAAAGGCUCCCGCGCCCGUAGGGUGAUGUGGGAAACCUUUGUGAAAAUGUGGAAUUGUGUCCCAAAUUUGGACAAAAUACUGAAGGAGAUACAGAUAUAUGGUUGUGAUCCUUCCCAUCGACCAAUUCCCACUCAACGUUUACUAGAGUUUCUCAGUGAGCUGAAAGAUGUUCAACAGAAACACAAGGAGACUCUGCGGGUACAAACUGAAACACUGAGAGUGAACACGAUCCUGAUGAGGGAGAAGGUGAAGAUUUUCCAGCUGGUUGAUCGAUACGCUGAGCUCACGGUCAUUUCUACUGUCCGAGACCGGAGACUGGUGGAACAUGAGCUACUGGCAAGAGGCAGAGACCACGAGGAGUGGAGAGAGAAACAUCUCUGCGGAGAGCUGGAAAAAAUACGGACAGAUCAGUUGUUCAAGCGCAGCUUUUCCCGGAGUAAAUCCAAAUCUGGGAGUUCGGCAGCAGUGGCCGGAGUCCCGGGGAUCGGGAAAACAACAAUGGUACAAAAGAUUGUUUAUGACUGGGCCACGGGGAAAAUAUACCAACAAUUCCAGUUUGUCUUUAGUUUCAAAUUCCGGCAUUUAAACAGUAUUAACUGCAGAAUAAACCUGAGAGAACUGAUUCUGGAUCAGUAUCCCUACUUUGGGAAUUUCCUGAGAGAGGUCUGGAAGAACCCAGAGGGAUUGCUGUUUAUAUUCGAUGGUUUGGAUGAAUUCAAACACAGAAUCGAUUUUGCAGACAGUCGGAGAGAUACAGAACCCAAGCACCAGUGCCCAGAUCCCGAGUGGUGGUGUGAAGUGUCGGACAUUGUGUACAGUUUAAUCCAGGGCAAGCUGCUCCCAGGGUGUUCAGUACUGGUGACCACACGUCCCACUGCGUUAGGUUUAUUGGAAAAGGCGGAGAUCAGUGUCCGGGCUGAAAUCCUGGGACUUUCUGGUGAGGAACGGAAAGAAUAUUUCAUCAGGCAUUUUGAUGAUCGGACAGUGGCAGAAGCUGUUUUCAAACACGUGAAGGAGAACGAGAUCCUGUACACCAUGAGCUACAACCCCUCCUACUGCUGGAUCCUCGCUCUGGCACUGGGCCCCUUCUUCACACAAAGAGACAGGGACCUGCAGCGAGUUCCCAAGACCAUCACCCAACUCUACUCCUACUAUAUUUACAACAUCCUGAAAAACCACGGCCGUGAGAUUGAGAACCCCCGUGAUGUGUUACUCAGCGUUGGUCAGAUGGCCUUCAGAGGAGUGUCCCAGAAGAAGAUUGUGUUCACAGAUGGAGAUUUGAUCAAGUACAAUCUGCAGCCUUCCCAGUUCCUGUCUGGGUUCCUGAUGGAGCUUUUGGAGAGAGAGGAUUCUGCCCGGAGCGUGGUGUACACAUUCCCACACCUCACCAUCCAAGAGUUUGUAGCUGCAGUCACGCAAUUCCUGACUAUACAUCCCAGGGAUAUCCUGAAAUUCCUCACUGAAACCCACAGCACAACAGAUGGGCAAUUUGAGAUAUUUCUCCGUUUUGUUGCUGGUCUCUGCAACCCAAUGACAGCUCGGGGCCUGGAGGAGUUUCUGGGUCCAUUUCCUCAUCAAACAACCUGCCGGGUGAUUGACUGGGUGAAGGAGGAGGUUGAACAUCAGAGUGGAAACACGAGGAGUGAAGCUGGUAAAAGGAGCCUCCUGAACACAUUGCACUACCUGUUUGAGUCUCAGAAUCGUGGACUGGCUCAGGCCACACUGGGAUCUGUGGAAAGACUUUCAUUCGGUGGAAUGACACUAACCCCGAUUGACUGCGCGGUCCUGUCUCAUGUCAUCGGACUCUGUGAUACAAUAAAACACCUCAACCUGUUUGGCUGCCACAUUCAGUGUGAAGGAAUCCAGCGGCUGGGACCUGGGCUGCACAAGUGCCGGGAGUUGAGCCUUGGGGAGAAUGAACUGGGAAAUUCUGGAGUGAAACUGGUGUCUGUGGCUCUGAGGAACCCAGUGUGUAAAAUACAGAAACUGCGGCUGGACCGUGUAGGUCUCACAGAUUCUGGUGCCGAGGAUCUCGUGUCUGCUCUCAGUACAAACCCAUCAUUGACGGAGCUGAUCCUGGGUGGUAAUAAACUGGGAGAUUCAGGAGUGAAACUGGUGUCUGCGGCUCUGAGGAACCCGGAGUGUAAAAUACAGACACUGGGGCUGUGGAAUGUCGGUCUCACAGAUUCUGGUGCCGAGGAUCUCGUCUCCGCUCUCAGUACAAACCCAUCACUGACGGAGCUGAGCCUGGUAUUAAACUCGCUCACAGACCGAUCUGUCCCCGCUCUCCGCCGCCUCAUACUGACCCUCCCGAGUCUGAAGCGGAUCUGGCUGGGGAACAAUCAGUUCAGUGAGACCGGGAGGAAGGAACUGAGAUCUCUGCAGGAACCCAGACCCCGACUGACAGUGAACAUCUGAAUGUGUGAACAUCCCCGCCCGCGGGAUGGGGACAUUUUUGCCGAUUCUCCGCCCUUACCUUUAACUCUUCCCCUUACCUUUAAUGGCCACGCGCCAGGUUUAAUUCCCCGUGGUGACGUAUUUCCACCUCCUGUCCAGCGGCGCUGGUUCCGCUGGAUGUGCGGGAUCGAGACCCGGGGAAUGACACAGACAGGAAGAGCCCGGGGGCCGGGGCUCAGUCUGGGACACCGGUGUCCCGGGGUGGGAUUAUCCCGGGAGAGAAUCCUUUUGCCCCCUUUACUGAGGACGCUGCAUUCGGCAAGUCUGUUAAAUUGACAGACAAUCGGCAGUGACCCUGGAUCAAACACGAGGAAAUCUGCAGAUGCUGGAAAUUCAAGCAACACACAUCAAAGUUGCUGGUGAACGCAGCAGGCCAGGCAGC